GACAAAAUAAGGGUUAACAAUAUUUUUAAAAGUUUUCUCGAAGGAGUAUUAAAAAUAUAAAAAAAUUUCGAUAUAUUUUUGUUAAAUUUUCCAAAAAAUGGGCAAAGUUAAAAAGAGGGCGCUAGCAAAAGAAGAGAAAGUACCACUGGACAAACAAAUUACGAAUGGUCAUAUAAAGAAAAACAGAAAAAGCAAAUUUCGACUUCGAACAGAAGAAGAAAUAAACAUCUUGGAUAGUAAAACUAGCAAUAAAAUUUUAACAACAGCUAAAAAACAACAAUAUGAAAUGUUAAUGGGUAUUGAAGAAGAGUUUCCAGCUCUGAUAAAAAGCGAUCGGGUAUUUAACACAAGCUUGAAACCUAAUGAUAGUGACAGUGAUGAAGAAUUGCGAGAUGAUACGGUUGCCGACAAAAAUGUUAAUGAAUAUGAUCUAAUGGACAAUUUGAAUAUUGAUAAUGAAGAUGAAGAAGCAUUCAAAAGGUUUCAAAAUGCUGACCCAAAUAAAAAAACAAAAAAACUUAGUGACAUAAUAAUGGAAAAAAUAACAGAAAAACAGCAUGAUAUACAUACAAAGCUGGCUGAUAAUGAGUCUUUACAAAUAGAAGAAAUCGAUUCCAAAGUACGAGAAAUGUAUGAAGGUGUACGUGACGUUAUGAAAAAGUACCGUAGUGGCAAAGUUCCGAAGGCCUUUAAAAUAAUACCAAAAUUAAGGAACUGGGAACAAAUUCUAUAUAUAACAGAACCACAUAAUUGGAGCGCCGCUGCUAUGUACCAAGGAACUAGGAUAUUUUGUUCAGUGUUAUCUCAGGCUAUGACCCAGAGAUUUUACAAUUUAGUUUUAUUACCUAGAGUACGAGACGAUUUGUGUGAAUUUAAGAGAUUAAAUAUGCACCUUUAUAAGGCUUUAAAGAAAGCUCUUUUUAAACCUGCAGCUUUCAUGAAAGGAAUUAUUUUACCAUUGUUAGAAUCUGGCGAUUGUACUUUAAGAGAAGCAAUUAUAUUUGGUAGCAUCAUAUCUAGAAGUACGAUACCAGUACUACAUUCGGCUGCUUGCCUAUUAAAAAUUUGUGAAAUGUGUUAUACAGGUGCGAAUUCUAUUUUCAUACGGAUAUUUUUAGACAAACGAUAUGCUCUCCCAUAUCGCGUUGUUGACGCAGCUGUUUUUCAUUUUAUUCGUUUCGAAAAUGACAGACGGGAAAUGCCAGUGCUAUGGCACCAAAGUUUAUUAACUUUUGUACAGCGUUAUAAAAAUGAUAUUUCGUCUGAACAAAAACAAGCUUUAUUUGAUUUACUUAGAAAAAAAACACAUUCGAAUAUAACACCAGAGAUAAGACGGGAACUUCAUGCUGCUAAAUGUCGUGAUGUUGAAAUGAUGGAAAGCGAAAGUCUUUUGAAUGAGAAAAAGAAUCCAUUUAGAAAUGAUGAGGUGAAAAUAAACCCUUUUAGACGAGGUGAUGCAAUGGAAAAUUAAACGAUAUUUUGUUAAUAAAACUUUUUUCUAAAGUAAAUACAACUUCUUUA